AGGAAGUCGUGCAGGGCCAAUCAGAUAGAACAUGACCCGAAGUCCAGCCUCUUCUGUCAACCGCUGGCAGUGGUGUGUGUGGUACCAAAGAAGAAGAAAAAGAAGAAAAGUACAGACUCAGGAGGAGCAAGCAAGAUAACAGCACGGCACUAUCGAUGUUCCGGUAGAAAGUUCACUUAGGACUCUGGUGUGCUCUUCCUCUUCUUGUCGCUGCCAUCGCAGACACGCAAAGUGAACGGUCGGCUUGGACUUCGGGAAUAAACUUUCAGAAACUUUGGGAAUCUGACCUUUAAAGUUUGUCAAGAUGAGUAGCGCAUUUUUCGUCUUCCUAAAUAUGAAAGCGCGAUGUUAGGUUGUGGACGUAGUAUUUUACUUGUCAUAUUCUCACGUAAACAACCUCAUCAAGUGGAAGUGACGGGUCAUGUCAGCAUCCACAGCAGCAGGCACACUCAGCCGCUCACCCCCACCUUCUUCACCACCAACAACAACAACAACACCACCACCGCGGUCCGAUCGCAGCCCAUCCGCGUCACGGUGCCGUACCAGCUUCUGCGUGGAAACCAGCUGAGCCCAACCCGCUCUACUUCCUCUUCCUCCUCCUCCUCCUCAGUAGCCGGGAGCAACACAGGACCGACGACGUCCCCUUGCUCCAGUCCCGCCAACCCGAGUGGAAGCGGCUCGGACGGCAGGCUGGUCCACAGGCAGAGACUGUCACCGCCGGACAGCAGUGGUUCACCUGAACGGCCCCACGAUCCGCCGCUUUCUAAAGGGUUCAGCAUCUUGCCCAAGGAAACUUCGGAAUGCAGAUGGGUCAGACUGGGGAUCGAACCGCCGACCUUCAGGUUGGAGGACAACCACUCUACCUCUCAGCCACAGCCGCCCUAUACUUAAGGGGCUUUUCCACUGCUGAGCUCAACCCACAAGUUGACAGGAUUGGUUUCUUAGGUAUUCAAGGACGGUAGGUGUUUUUUGUUUCCGGCGGGAGGUGUAUAGAUUUUCUGCUGUCCUCAUUCCACCAUUUAGGAGCCAGGAGGGAGCAACAAGCUGAUUGGCAGAGCGGAGUGAACGAGCUGGGGUGUAACGUUUGACCAUGUCCUGGAUGUAGACUGGAACAGUUCCUUUCACAGCAUGAUUGCAAAGCUUCGGCAGCAUCUCCAGCACGGUAAACAAGUAGGACGCCACACUAAAGACAAAGACCGGCUGUCCCCUCUCCAGUACAACACCAUCACCUACACCACCCUCACCAGCUCUACCAACCACAACUCCAGAGCCAGCCCUAUCAGCACUUUUCCAUGUCGAAGUCGGCCCAGAUGCCGCUGUCCAACAUCACAGUGCCAAAGCCUUCCAUCACGAGGGUGCCCAGCAGCAUGGAGGGCAUCAACCAUGAGCUGGAGAAGGUCUUCAUCAAAGACAACGGAGAGAAGGAGGAGCUCAAGUCCCUGGAGGUUCCUGACGGGCGGCGAGCACCCUUCCCUCCUCAGCAGCGCAGCAGCAGCACCCGAAGCAUGGACACCCAGACUCCCUCAGCCCCCGGCCGGUCCAGCAGCUGCUCAAGCCUAUCGCCCUGCCCCUCGCCAGCUUGCCCACCAGGAUCACAUGACGGCAGCCCCUACUCCACAGAGGAUCUACUGGACGAUCGGGACAAAGACAGUGGAAGCAGCUCACCACUGCCCAAAUUUGCCUCCUCACCCAAACCCAACAACAGUUACAUGUUCAAGCGAGAGCCGCCGGAGGGCUGUGAGAAGAUCAAAGCUUUUGAGGAGAUGAGCUCGAGGCAGUCAGCAUCGGCGUCAGUCCCCCUCUUCUCCUGUCCCGACAAAAACAAGGUCAACUUCAUCUCGACAGGUUCGGCAUUCUGCCCUGUCAAACUCCCCGGCUCCCUGCACCUCACCCCGGCCUCAGAGCCGGAAGAGGAUGAAGACGAUGUGUUGGCGGGCCCCGGCUCAGUGCCCCAGGGGGCCACAUCAUUCUACGGUGGCCCUUCUCAGGUCUCCACGAGCACCAGCACAGAAGACCCUGCAGUGGAGCCCGGUUUACUUUCAGAGACUGCAGACCCCCUAACAGACAGCCCAGCCAUAAGCUAGACCUGAGCAGAGCUGGCCUCUGGCUAUAGGAUCCACGCUAGCAACCACCAACCAACACCACUAACUGUCCCACCAACACCUCCCUUUGGUCUGCUAGGGGAGUCUACGACUCUCUGUGCUGACCCCCUCCAUACUCUUCUGUCUCUGCAUGACGUAGCACCAAUGUCCCAAUUAACCACCACCACCACCACAAGACUUGCCACCUCAAUGUUCUGUCCAGCACAAUGUCUGAGCUGUUGUUGGUAGAGAAGGACUUGAUGGUUCAAGUUUUUUAUAUGCAGGCAUCACAGAUGGAGGAAUGGAGCACUCUGGAUGGGGGGGUGGGGACAUGCAUUAUAAAAUGGUAGUCUGGUUAAUUAUGUGUUGUUCUUUGUUUCAACAAUCACAGUAUAAAUAAGCUCUAAUAUAUAUAUAUAUACACACAGAUAUAUAUAUCAGGGUUUUCCCUAGGCAUCUUAGGUGCUGUUUUUUUUAUAUUAUAUAUAUUAUUGAUAUUUAUUAAAACACAACACAGGUUGUUGUUUUUCACAGGACACUCAGAGAUUAACAAGAAGAAAAGAAAACUUAUGUUUAAUGGUGAAGUGAGCACACUCAGCACCAGACCUGUAAUGGGUAGAUACGAGAAUCGGUUUACUCCUCCUCCUACCACCAUCUGACAGUGCAAUCGUGUUUGACUGCUUACCAAAGGUUUUGUUGGGUUGGAGGUUUUCAAACUGUCCCAUCGGCCGUAAGCCAGGUGACCAAGUUACUGUAGCAAGAGUCAUUCCUCUCAAAUAAUUUAUCUUUGAGCUCAUCUUUCUUCAUGUCUGCAGUAAAGACGUUCAGAGACUGACAUUCUUACAUUGGAACUGAACACCAUCUUUUCUCUCUAGAGUAGUAAAGAACUCUCAGGAAACAAUUUUCCUAAGGUUUAGAUCAGGGGUGUCCAAACUUUUUAUCCUGAGGGCCACAUACAGAAAAUAAUUUGAAGGUCUGGGUCACUCAAGCCGCCACGCCCCCCUGCCCUGGAGCGGACUGUUGACAGUGCGCCUCAAUCGCGUAGCUUAGGGCGGGGGGCGUGGCGCCACCUAGAGUCAAAACUGAGAAGUACAAUACUGUGGGCCAUAGUCCAUUACAUUACAAUUGAUUUAGCUGACGCUUUUAUCCAAAGCGAUUUGCAAUCAGUGCAUUCAAGGGAAGGGGAGAGCGGGGGUAAUGUGAAACACCCCCUGUAUUUAGGCAACGGAACACAUUUGUGGUCAUGUGAUCAUUAUGUUUUCAAGCCCCUCCCAUUCCACCCUUGCCAUGAAGGAGAAGUUGGUGCUGAUGCUGCGGUUAGAAUGCUUUUUCACAAAAAUGUUCUUGCAUCAACUGUUUUGUCAAAACAAAUUGAUUCGGGUAGAAAAACUUAUAUCAUACAUGUUGGUGAACUUCCAAUAUAUAAAACCAUGUGAUUGAUGCUAGCUGAAGAUUAGCCUGAAUUGCCAAGAGAUGUUGUUUUUUCUAAAAUGUUGGCUGUGGGGUAAAGUGAGACAUGUAGCACAAGUUAAGUUAAGUCUUAACCAUAUUUUAGUGUAAUAUUACAUUAUAUAUGUUUUAUUUUUAAUGCCUUAAACAUUGUAGAAAAGCCAUCAUGCAAAGAAACUACAACAGGAAGACAACCUGAGGCCAAACACCCCUCACAGAGACGGAGAGUGCAGCUGCUGAGGUCAUGCAAGGAAAGAAGUCCUUAAGAAAAGCUGGAAGGGAUAGAAAUAUUGAUAAGACAACCCUCAAAAGAUUCAUAAAGAAAAAAGAGAGAGGGGAACUAAAAUCAGUAGCCUGGGGUGCAGUAGCUGAGGCAAAGAGAAUAUUCACAGAUGAGAUGGAGGAGCUUGACAAACACUUGAAACAACUAGCUGACCAGUUCCAUGGCCUUGCUCCAGUUAAGUGUCGUGAACUGGCAUUUGAAUACUCAGAGAAAAACAAUAUCCCUGUCCCUGCCAAUUGGACAGAGAAACAAUGUGCCGGUAAGCUAGGGUGUGCAAGAGAUCACAUGAAUCAUAAUAAUCAUAAAUGUGCUUAAUUGACCGAUUACAACAUGUCUUGUUAUGGUAGUUUUAAAGUGGAAAAGAUAAGUGGAUCACUUUACCCCCUUGAUUUCUCUGGUCUGUCUCCCUUUACCCCUAAGCUGGGGUAAAGUGAGACACAAGACCACUGUUUUACAAACAAUCAUAUUUCACUGCCCUUUGUCCUGAAGACAUUCUGAUCAUUUCCAUUGCUAGGAAACAUCCUGAAUUAAUGGGAAAUGUGUAAAUGUUACUGAUAUAUGAUUUUAGCUCGCCUAGAAGGGAGCAAAUGUAAAAAAUGUCUCACAUUACCCCCUCUCCCCUACUCGAGGGUACAAACCCAGAACAACAAGAAUCAAGAAAGUACAAUUUCUUCAAAAAUAGAGCAAAACUACAUAGUGCUAUAAGUAACUGCCAUUUCAGUGCUACUAAAUUGUUAGUUUAAAAAAAGUUAACAUUUUUUUUAAAUUUUUUUAAAUUUAAUUUUUUUUGAGGCGGGCCAAUUUAAAAUGGAUGGCGGGCCGCAGAUGGCCCGCGGGCCGUAGUUUGGACACCCCUGGUUUAGAUGCUUCACAAAAAGUCCCAUAACUGAAGGGAAAACCCUGGAUAUGUAUAUACACAUACAUCUACACAGAUCCGCUGCAAUAUUAAUACCACUUACCACAUUUACUGUUGAGACUGAUCAAUGUAUGUAUAUAUACAUACAUAAAUGUAUAUAUGCAUAUGUUUUAUGUGUGUGUUUGAAUAUAUAUAUAUGUAUAUAUAUAUAUUUGUUUUUUUUAUGUAUUAUAACAAAAUACAUAUGCUUGUUUAAAAGAAAAAUCCAAAACUGUGUAUAGCUUUGUUAUGUACUGAGCAGGAGAAACGGCUGUAUAAUGGAUUGGAUUAUGUUUACACUAUCCAGGUCACAUGUUUGAACCCUGUUUAAAAAUGCAAACAGCAAAUAAUUUGGGGAAAGACUAAAGAAAAAAAAAGACCACAAAUUGGUUGCACAGUGUCUGCAUCUGGCCUUGCUUCAGGUAUUUCACAAUCAGAGUAUAAACUCAGGUAAUAUGGAAUAUGUGUCCAUACAAAUAUCUGCAGCUUGACAAAGCAGAGCAGAUUCACUGUCAUUUAUCCCUGGCUCCUCUCAUUCUCAGACGAAUCGCUCUUUUCUGUUCCAGAGUCUGAUACUAGACCUGUGACAGGAGCUGCACAGGGUUUAGGCUUAAGUUUUUGGAUGGGUGGUGGGACACUGUUUGGACCGCACACACUGUGACUGAUGACGUGUGGCCGUGUGUGCACUGAUGGAAGCAUGCUGGACAGAGACUUGGAAAGACAUGGAGUGAAAGUCUGUUAUUUAAGUCUGAUGACAAUGUAGGACUGGCUCUCUUGAGCCUGUUGAUGAGAUGUCUGCAGUACCAUCACAUGAAAAUAUACUCAAACGGAAAAAUGAUGUACAGAUUGGAGAUGGAGUUAUACAAACUUUCCCUGAGGUAGACAUGACCUUAUUUGUUAUAUUGGACCUUGCUAAGGAGGUUUAUUGUACAAAUGAGCCUGACUUCAUCAAGACCACACCUCGCCUAAAAUAUCAAUAUAUUAAAAAAAGAUAAUAUAUCACCAAUAUUUGGUAAAUUGAUGAUCCUCCUAAGUUGGAAGAAUUGCAAUCAAGAUAUAGAGCACUAUGUUUCCCAUUUGCCAGCAUUUCUUCCAGUAUAAUAAGGAUGAUAAGGAAAGCAAUAGAUCAUUCUUUUCAAAGAAUGUAUAGGACAUGUCAUGAGACUGAAUUGUUAUUUCAAUUAAAGAAUCCUAAAAUGUUUCCCUCAUCAAGAAAUAGUUCUAGAAUAAUGAAUAAAGAAAUGUGUGACUGCACGAGGCACCAUUCAGGCAGGGUACCGUCAAGACAUUCAAAUUUCAGUAUCAAUACCAUUGUCAAACAAUCCAAUUGUGAAAAACCAAGCUUUAAAUGCACACAAGCAACUUUAGUAGAGAUCCUGACUGGCAAAUUGCUUAAAGGUUGCACUUAUGAAUAUUCUUUCCAAUUGGCCAAUAUCUGUGUAAAUUGUAGAAUGGAUAAUUUGUGUGUGACACAGUUACAGCGAACUGUCACCAAUCUGCAGUUCCUGCACUCUUAACCAGCCAACAUAUUUUUUAAGGAAAACAACUCAGCACAAAAUGACAAUGACAGACUAUCACGCAGCUAAAAUGACGGGGGUUAAUGGAAACCAAUACAGGUCUUUUAAGAGACUGAAUAUUUCCUUCACUUGUAUUUGCUGGAUGUGUCAAUGGGUACAUGCCACUUAUUAGCUGUGUUUCAAUUCAUGGGCUGCAUCCUUCGCAGGAUGUGGUCAGCCCAGCCCACAGAGACCGCCUUCUUUAUUUGCAGUGUAGACCAGGCAGAACCAAAAUGAGACCGUCUGGUCUACAGAAGUUUCCCGUCAUUGCCGUCACCAGCUUUUCCUAUCCUUAUUUGCUGUUGCCUAGUAACAGAGCUAAAGUUACCAUUAGCUAGUGUUUGUGGGCUGCGUUUGAAGGAGCCUUAAAAUGUCUAGUCCAGUUGCGGUGACACAAUCAAUCUUCAAAUGCAACCUCAAGAGUAUGCGGCCCCUAAACUGAGACACAGCUGUAUUUUUUGCUGCCCCCAAGUGACAAAAACCCCCAUAAAUGCAGGUUGAAGAUGACAAUAAGCAACAAUUAGACACGUUAAAUUACUCCCUUUGGCACUUUAGAUGUUUUAAUAAUGAUUCAGUAAGUAAAGUAAUCAGGUUUGAUACCCAGCCCUGAGCAACAUUGGAUGUGGAAACACUGUUUGGUUCAAUCUUAAAAAUUCCGGUUGCGGCCACAUCAGAUGAAUGUUUGUACAACCUUUAUCUCCAUUCAGUUGAUAUCCAAACUCACAAUGUACUAAUCAUCCACAUACUUGUUAUUCUAUUAAAUGCAUUCCAUGCUAUUUUAGUAUCCAAGACAUGAAUAGACUCAUGAUGAUUCAUUCCUAAAACAUCUCUCAACCUUUUAUUGUGAUUGCUGUAAGAGACUAGCUGCAGUACUAAGCAAUGUUUGGCUGCAGAGUCAGUAGCACCUUCAUGUGUGAUGCAUAGAUAAAAGCCUGUCUCUGUUAUUACGUGUGUUGUAGGCCUCCUCACGCCUCCAUCCAGGCAGCUGAACCUUCUGAACAUCCCAUGUACUCUGUGCUGAACACCAUCUUUUAGGCUUUUAGAUAAGCAUCGCCAAGUGUAAAUGAUCCACCACUUUGAUUUGCAAGAGUGAAACAUAAUCCACAUUUAUUUGGAUAUCUGGUGUGCUUGUGGAAUCCCUGCAUUAUUGUUCCCUUCAUAUUUUGCAUAUAUGUGGCUUUAAAGAGGCUCAAUGCAGUGUUGUGGUUUCUAAAGACUUUUCUGCACCUUACAAAGAGCUAUAGCUUUCCCAAUGUCCCACAUAUACUCGACAUUGGUAAACUAGUUGUGUGCAAUAAUAGUUAAAAAAUGGUGAUGUACUCCGGGAUGUUGUCCAUUCUUUGUCUCGAGGGUCUCAUCUUGCAUUCCUUUGGUUUUGAGCACGGGGGCUGGAUCAGCAAGUAGUUCUUUGCUAAACCAUCACCCAAUACAAAACCAGCACUGAGAGUGACCAGAGCACAUCAUUGGCAGGUCAGAGUGUGCAUAGACUUACUACAUGAUACUCCUUGUGUAAUCUGUGUUGUCAAAGUUCAUGCACAAUGGCAAUAAAGAUAUAUUGUUUGUUUUGUCCA